UUGAAGCUUGGGCUGCUGCCGAAGGUGUUACUUCCAUGAAGUUCUUUGAUAAGAAGAGAGAUUUGGAGACAUUUCAAGAUGGCGAUCAAAUCGCAGGAGUGGAUGACACGGAACAAGGUUACUUAGAGGAAGCCUUCGAUCAGAACUAUGAACCUGAAGAAGAAGAUGAACGUGAUUUCAACCUACGUGGACAAUUCGAUGAUAUCGAUGACUCCGAAAGAAAUGAGCUCUUGGCAGAUGCAGACAAUGAUGUCGACGAUAUGCCGGAACUCACUGUCAGAUUCCACGGGGAUGAUGACUAUGAAUCAGAUGACGACGAUUCGGGUGAUGAAGGCAAUGAAGAGGAAGAACCUAUUGUGGCCGAUUUGUAUCACUAUCAAUAA